UAAAAAAGUAAACGUUUUAAUUAACAACGAAAAUGAUGAAAAAGCGUAUUGAUGGUCAUCGACUUGCACAAAAUAUUGGAGAACAAGUUAUUCUGCUUGGAACUAUUAUAAACAAAAGUUCAAACGGUAACAAUUUAGAAUUAAGAACAACUGAUGGUGUACAAGUUAAUGUAACUUUACCAGAACCUAUUGAUGGCAGUGCUGAAGGUUACAUAGAAGUACAUGGUACUUUGCAAUCAAAAUCGACAAUGAAUUGUAGUAGCUACAUAGUAUUUCCACUCCGUAUGACAGAGCAAUUUGAUCCUGAUCAAUAUAAUGAAUUAAUGGUCAUUUUAAAUGUAUUAGGACCAAAAAAAUGGAGAAUGCACGAGGAUGACCCAGGGUUCUAAGUUAU